UCAGGCGGGCAGUCCCGGGACGCGGGAUGCUGUGCGCGUUUCCUCGCGGCCCCUGAGGCCACCAGCCCGCCGCCCGCCGCCCGCCUCGCUCGCCCCAGCUCUGGCCGCUGCGCCCGCCGGUCCCGAGAGGUAGGAAGACCCUGCUGCCCCCCAGCCCCCGUGGGCGCUGCUGCGCUGCCGGAGUCCCCGGCGGCUCCGGGGGGUGGGGGUGGUGGGGGGUCGGGCAAUACCCCUUGGACCCUGCCCGCCCCGCCCUCCCCGCCGGCUCGGAGCGCAGGUGGAGGUGCUGUUGCGGCUCCCUCCGCCGCUGGGUGCUCAGCCUCCGCCCCAGGGGAUACUCUGUAGAAAGUGUCCGUCUGCGCGUCUCGGAGUCCCGGCUCUCUUGGCACAGGUGUUGGCGAGAGACCCGGGCUGGCUGCAGACUGGUGUUGAGUCCGAUGGGUUGGGACCCUUGAAAGAUAGCGUCUUGGGGGUGCUCCGCGUUUCUGAACAAGUUUGCCUAUUUCCAGAAAGAAAUCUUUUCUGGGGUACACACUGUAUGAGAUUUCAGCAUUUCAGAACGGUCCUCAUUUUAAUGGAGCUCUGUGCUGACAACUUGGGCAGGGCUAGAUUUCCAGGCAUGAACUUGACUUGCGGGCCCUUGGGAAACUGUAGACGUGGGGAGCGCACAGCCUCCUAGGGAAGCUGCGUCCAGUCCGUGGGACCAGGGCAGAGCCCGCUGCACUGAGUGUAUAAAUAAUGCCUGUUUACACAGGCUGCUUUGGAACUAGGGAUUUCCGGUUAAUAAAUAUUAUUAGAUGGAUGCACACGAGCGUGUGCCUGUUUGUCAGAAGGGAUAGAGUCACUUUGCUUCUUUUUGUUUUCCCUUUAAUUCUUUGAUAAAUCAUUGGUCCUAGUAGAGUUUAGGUUAAUUCCUUUUCUUUUUCCGCAGCAAUGAAGACGCCCUAAGAAUCAAUCUUAACUGGUUUCAGCAAAAACAGGGGAUCUGAGCUUGGCGUGAUGCCAUUAGCCACUGAAAAUAUUCACUACUUCUCCCUACCCUCUAGCUGAUGCAUUUGGAAGUUUUCUGUAAAUGUUUAUGUCUGAAUGCUAUAUAGAAGUGUUUUUAAAUGUGUGUAAAAUAGACGUAGGUUUUUAUUUUCUCAAAAUGAUUCUCAAGCCAAACAUUGUAAAAGUAGACAGUCUUGGUAUUGGGAACAACAUGUUGGAAGACAAUAAGCAAACAAAGUAAAAAGAGAGAGAGGAAGGAAGGAAUCUUAUUUAAAAAAAAAAAAAAGUGCUUUUUACCCAGCAUUCCAUUCCAUUGUGGGGUGCUCUCUUAAGGUCUUCAAAUUAGUGAAUGGGAUAGUAAAACUUAAGCAUUUAUUUUCAAAAGCUUAAGAACAUUUUAAAAAUCCUUAUGAUUUUUAGGUAGGCUUAUUUUUCCAUUUCCAUUCAGUUCUAAAUACAGAUUAUCACACUAUUCUGUGUUUUACUCAUCAUUUUUAUAAGAAGGAAAAUGUGUUACAAUCACAACAUCAGUUGCGAUUAGGAGCUUCUUUAAAAAAUGGUUAUCAAGGAAAAUCAAGCAAUUUGGGAGGAGCCCAUUCAACUUUUGGGAGCCAGGGAUCCUUGCCCCUCCUUACUCUGGUUACUUGAGUAUCAGUAAUUCAAAAGGAAGCGUUUUAUUGCCUUAAGUGCCCAAACUUGCCUGGGGGAUAUGGUGAUGUUCACCUGCUGUCUUCGACCGUGUUUCCCAGUCCAGGUUCAAGGAAAAGAUUGGGUCAAAUCUAUGCCUAAUUCCAGCAAAGUGGAAUUUUCUUUUUAUGUUGGGGAGGGGAGUGACCCUUAAUCAUCUGCCUAAUUACACUUCAAAUCUCUGCUUCCCUUUGAGGAAGUACAGUGUUUCCUUUGUUCAACCAACUCCUACUGAAAGAAAGCUAAUAGAGACAAAUCAGUUCCCCCCGCCCCCCCGUUGAUUUUUUUUUUUUUAUUAUUUCAACAGGCCUUUUAAUUCUAUUAAUUUCUGUCUUUUCUGAAGAGAUGUACAUAUAUAUUUGGAAUAUAGUAUAUUAUUAAAGUAGACUGUGGAUAAUGGGGAAAUGUAAACAUUAAGAAAAGACCUGGUUGAUUAUGCUUACUAGCCCAUAGUUUAGUAGAUUUCAAUUGAAAAAAAUUGACAAGGGCCCUGAAUCUUAUUCUACAGUCUAGUCUAUUUAUAGACUAGUCUAUUUAUAGACAAAGUAAGUGCCCCCUCCCACAAAUCGUUCUGAAGCACAGGCCAGCAAGGUAUUUCCUACCCUCCUAGGUGGUCUGGCAAGACUGCUGCAUGAAAUCAUCUGCCACCUGAUGCAUUACUGACAGCAACAAGUAUUGGGAAACUGACAGAAGAUGAUAAUUGUUAUUUAUUUGUUUUCUCUUGAGAGUACCCUAAACAAUGGAAGUCAGUGUCACAGGGAGUUCACAUUUAAAUGCAACACUCUGAGUAUCUUUUUAAAAGGCUUGAUAGUUUUGAUAUAGCUCCUAGGCAUUGAGAAAUGAAGCAAUCCAGAUAACGUGCAGGAAAGACAGUGGUUGUAAGUCCAUUUGUAGAAGCGAGCCCGGUCCAUGCAGCACAGUGCAAAAUGAAAAUUCGGCAAAAUUUUAGCAAAUUGAUUGGCGUGAAAUGCCAAACAGAUAAAUAGGUGAAAGUGUGUUAUCCAGACUGGCUCUUAACUUUGAUGAAAUUCAGCACUUAAACUCUCCACUUAAGCACGCGUUACAAAGAUGAGAGACUUGGUGUUUUGCAAAAAUAAGCUUGGUGUUGCACACACCUGAAUGUGCUUAACAGGUGAGCUGUAAUGGAACCAAAGGGACGUACAAGCACAAAUCAUUUCCCCGGGGAAAGUUAAUGUCCUCCCUAUUUUCAGUGGCACCCAUGAAGUUUGACUUCUCAGAAUGGUUUUGCCAUUUCAUGAUUACUAUUUUGUGAAUCACGUUGAACAGAGGCAUCAUUUUUUGAGAUUCUAAUUUCAGGUGUUUUUGAAAAAAAAAACAACACAAAAAAACACAGUUUGGAUGUGAGAAAGGACAUGAGGAGACCAAAGACCUGGGAUUUUGCUGAUCAGAAUGAAACAAAUGUUGAAAGACUUUUCAAAUCUACUCUUGGUGGUACUUUGUGACUAUGUUCUUGCAGAAGCUGAAUACCUCCUCUUGGGAAAGCCCGGCCAUGUAGCACUAAGCAACAAUACAGUAUCGGUGGGUUUCCAGUAUGUCAGUGGGGCUAAUGGGACGCUGAGGAAUGUAUCUAUCCUGUUGUUGGAGGCCAACACCAAUCAGACUGUUACCACCAAAUACCUCCUGACCAACCAGUCCCGGGGAACACUGGAGUUCGAAUGCUUCUACUUCAAGGAGGCGGGGGACUACUGGUUCACCAUGACUCCAGAAGCGGCAGACAACAGCACUCCAGUCCACCUGUGGGAGCAAAGUGCCUUUCUCAAGGUGGAAUGGCCUGUCUUUCAUGUUGACCUGAAUAGGACAUCCAGGGCAGCGGAAGGCACCUUCCAGGUGGGACUUUUUACCAGUCAACCACUGUGCUCAUUCCCUGCGGACCAACCUGACAUCUUGGUGGAUGUCAUCUUUACCAACAGUCUUCCCGAGGCAAGAACGAGUCCAGGACAGCCGCUGGAGAUAAGAACCAGCAAGAGGACACAACUCUCUCAAGGUCAGUGGGUUGAGUUUGGCUGUGCACCCGUGGGGCCGGAAGCCUACGUCACUGUGGUGCUGAAGCUGCUCGGCCAAGACUCGGUCAUUACCUCCACGGGACCCAUUGACCUGGCCCAGAAAUUUGGAUACAAACUGGUGACGGUGCCGGAACUCACGUGUGAGUCGGCAGUGGAGGUGAUGGUGCUGCCUCCCCCGUGCGUCUUCGUCCAGGGAGUGAUCGGGGUCUUCAAGGAGGCCCCCAGACGCCCUGGGGAAGGGACCAUUCGGCUGGCUGAAAACAGCCUGACCUUGGGAGAGAGGAGAACAGUAUUCAACUGCACUUUAUUUGACAUGGGGAGGAAUAAAUACUGCUUUGACUUUGGCGUUUCAAGCAGAAGCCAUUUUUCCACAAAGGAGAGGGAGUGCAUGCUAAUCCAGAGAAACAUAGAAACUUGGGGACUGUGGCAGCCGUGGAGCCAGUGUAGUGCCACGUGUGGGGAUGGUGUCAGAGAGCGACGCCGCGUGUGCCUGACUUCCUUCCCCUCCAGACCUGGCUGCCCUGGAAUGUCCUCGGAGACCUCCCUGUGUUCCCUGGAGGAGUGUGCUGCUUUCCAGCCGUCCAGUGCAUCCCCUCUUCAGCCCCAGGGUCCGGUGAAGUCCAACAACAUCGUGACCGUCACUGGGAUUUCCCUGUGCUUGUUCAUCAUCCUCGCCACCGUCCUCAUCACGCUGUGGCGGAAGUUCGGCCGCACCCCGAAGUGCCGCACGCCGGCUCGACACAACUCCAUCCACUCCCCCAGCUUCCGGAAGAACUCGGACGAGGAGAACAUCUGCGAGCUGAGCGAGCAGCGCGGCAGCUUCUCGGACGGGGGCGACGGGCCCGCGGGGGGCCCGGGGGACGCGGGCAUCCCCCUGACCUACAGGCGCAGUGUGCCCGCGGCUCCCGAGGACGACGCCUCCGGCAGCGAGAGCGUGCAGUCCAACGCCCAGAAGAUCAUCCCCCCGCUGUUCAGCUACCGCCUGGCCCAGCAGCAGCUGAAGGAGAUGAAGAAGAAGGGCCUGACGGAAACCACCAAGGUGUACCACGUGUCUCAGAGUCCCCUGACAGACACGGCCAUCGACGCCGCCGCCGUGCCCCCCUUAGACGUAGAAAGCCCAGACGAAGCCGCGGCAAACAAGUUCCGGAUCAAAUCCCCGUUUCUGGAGCAGCCGGCGGGCGGGGCCGCGGCCAGGCCCCCCUCCAGGCCCGACCACCCGGCGUGUCAGGCCAGUUGCGCCGUCAGCCCCAGCCAGACGGUGAUCCGCAAGUCAGCCACGAGGCACGUGGGCGGCAGAGGGGCGCUGCCGGAGAGGAGCCACCCCAGGGGCUCCCACUUCAGGAGGACCGCUAGUUUUCACGAAGCCAAGCAGGCCCGGCCGUUCCGGGAGAGGAGCAUGUCCACCCUGACUCCACGCCAGGCCCCGGCCUACAGUUCUAGGACGCGGACCUGGGACCAGGCGGAAGACAGAUUUCGGCCUCACAGUCGAGGCGCCGCCCCGUUUCCCGAGAAACCGGAAGGGGCGGGUGCAACCAGAGGUCCAUUGAGCCCUGCCCCUAAGUCCUACACCCUGGGGCAGCCCGUGAGGAAACCAGACCUGGGGGACAGCCAGGCAAGCUUCGUGGUAGGAGGUGAGAGAACAGAGCCUCACAGAUCUCGGAGGGGACCGUCCCCCAGUCACAGGAGUGCCUCAAGGAAGCAGCCUUCCCCCACUGCCCCCAAAGACAGCUACCGGAGGGUCAGCCCCCUGAGCCCUUCUCAGGGUAGAAAAGACAAGUGUCAGAGUUUCCCAGCCCACCCUGAGUUUGCCUUCUAUGAUAAUACGUCAUUUGGCCUCACGGAGGCUGAGCAGAGGAUGCUGGACCUCCCGGGCUAUUUUGGGUCAAAUGAAGAGGAUGAAACCACGAGUACUCUCAGUGUGGAGAAGUUAGUCAUCUAGACCCACAUCAGCCUGAGACUUCAUACAGCUGGGGUCCUUUGCCCAGCUCCUGGUAUCAGCUGCUCACAGAGCUCUAUGGACUGUUUUGUAUAGCUGUCUGUACAUCAGGAUUGGGUGGGGAGGGAGUAACUCAAGUGUGUGCAUGUGUUUUCAUUCAUAAGGAAGAAGUUACUUAUCUUGAACGUUUCCCUUUGUUAUCCUAGUUCUAUUGGUUUAUUACCAAUAACCACAAUAAUAAAAUUUAAACAAGAGUGAAAUAGGGCUUGGUCUCUCAUGUGGAUGUGAAAGGACAAGAUGUGACUUGUAAGUAUUAAGUGCUUUGAACACUUUGUUGGCGGUGUCGGACAUGAAGGAAAUUUGGAAGUCUCAACUAUAAUAAGGGCUGGAACAAAGCUAACUUUGUUUAUUAAGUUGUAAAUAAGAAUUUGACUCCUACAGGGGCAGUACUGAAUGAGUUUCAUGUUUGGCAGAUCAAGUCAAUUUUGACUGGUAUGUACUAGACUACCUAGAAAAUGCUGAUGCCACAAGAGAUUUCAGAAGAACCUUUCAUGCUAGAGUUGGGUGAUAUCUUAAUGUUUUUUAUGCAACAAAGAGUCCUGGUGACUUGACACAAAUUAGGUGAGUUGAUUCUGCUUUGGAUAAAUAAUAUAAGAAGCUGAUUGUUCAGGUAGUCAAAUGAAGACCUAUUCAUAUACUCAUUGUUCGGAGCAAAGAGUAUACAUUUUAGAAAGGAAAGUAUUGUCUCCUGAGAGAGUAUCAACUAGAACAUGGGUAGUGAAUGCUGAUAAGGACGCUGACUGGCAUUAAGAUUCUGACCGUGUGUGCCUGGACCAGACUGGCAGCCAAGACCCCAGAGGGUGUCCUUCUGAAACCAGUGUGUAUAUGUUUCUAAAGAUGACUUUAUCAUGUUACUCAAAGUAUGUGAAUUAAUCUCAGGUACAUGGAAAGCAGGUAGACUAGACUGUUUUUAGUGCUUAACUUUUUUAAUUGGAAGAACGAAGUAAAGGAAGUAGAAAAAAUAAGUCUUUUAGAAAUAAAUCUUUUGUUUUCUGGUUCAAUCUGCCUACCACCCUUUUCAGGUGAAGAAUGGGAGGCUCAGGGAAGGGA